UAUUAUCCGCGGUCAAGCUGCAGAUGUUCACACCAACCUUUUUGAAAAUAAAUAAAUUAACACAUAAAUUAAUUAAUAACUAGUGCUUUGAAUGCCAUUAUGAAGAUGAACUGAGAUCAAGGAAAGACGGACGCACAAUUGGAUAUAGCAGAGGGUGUGAUUGCGUGCGACUGGACCGCACUAAAUGCGCGCACAAAUUCACCAUCUACGCGCGUUUUUCGCUAGGGCAGCUUAAGUGAAGUGCGGAGUUUUCUGACACCUGGGGAAAAGUGCCACAUUUCCAAAAGAAUGGCAGCCAGCAACUCUUUGAGGCACAAAAUUAACAAUAGUUAUGAAUCGGAACCGUCUACAGGAAGCGGGUCUUCGCUCAGUGAAAACAAUGAGGGACACAUAUCUGACGAGGAGCAUAUGAAUCUGCCAUAUCUAAUGAAACCAAAACCACUGAGCAAUGAACCCGUCCUAGCCUGUCGGACAACAGAAACGGGUACGCCGCCAAAUAAUAUUAAGGGCAGCCAAGAAUCGCAAUUCCGUGGCUUUGGCGAGAGCCCCUACGGCCAGGUCAAUGAGCGUUUGUAUGGCUCCCAACUGCCAGCCCUAAAGCUGCCCGAAGUAAAGGCCUCAUCAGCUCAACGACCGUCCCCGGGAAGGAUUGUCUUUCCCAGAUUCUACGACACCCUAAUGGAGGAAAAUAGCUGCAACGCUGUCGACAUGGCUGUGUCAGUUCCCGAAACAGCAGCCACGAUCACAACGAAGGACAGUAGCUGCCUUAGCUUCGAUGGCAAAAUCAAAAGUCUAACUGAGAGACCUGAGGAGAAGGAGCAGCAGCAGCAGCAACCAGGUCCCUCCACUGCCGACCCUCGACUCUCCACUGUGUUGGAAACCUCAGUAAAUACCUCACAACAAAAAUACAGCAACGAACGCUCGCCGGAUCUCUUUGCCGACAGUGACGACGAUGCGGAGAACGUCGAUCAAGUGCCCUCCAAAGCCCCGGCAAGAACUCUCGAAGAUCUGCCCGAAGUCCUGGAGGAGUCGCAAUGUGUAAGUGAUGUGCGCCCCCGCAGGUCACUCACUGCCCCAACAGAGUCGAGUUUUGCGGACGAGCAGACACAGGAAGCAUCGACCUCUCAACUCAACGGCAGCGACCCGCGCUCUCAUUUCCUGGAAAACUGCCGACGCGAGCGGGAACUUUAUCGAAGGAUACGACGAUGUCUGCAGGGCGUACGUCCGCCGCCGACUGUCACCACUCCCGAUGUGGAUGUAAUUUCAACGGUUAUAGAUAUGAAGGAACAGGUUCUCAACUUUCUCUCUCAAAAACCCUCCACCUCAGCGGCCAUCAUUGCGGAGAGCGAAAUCAGCAACAGCUCCUCAUUGUUCAAGCCCACGCACAGCCUGUCUGAUGCGCAGAACAUGGGCUGGCGCGAGGUGCUGGGCGUGAGGCAACAUGGACUGAGUUACAAUUUGAACAAGGCUGCCGAACAAAAUGAAUACCUCAGUAUGUCCGUGGUGGAUCGCUAUGUAGGCGUGGAGACAGCCACGUCGUAUGUGCGUUCCCCAUCGAGUGCCAAGAAGCGAAACAUGCGCAUGAAAAUGCUGACCCAAUCACCUGGCAAUCGUCUCAGUCAUCUGGCAAAGCGACGGGCCAUAUUUUCAUCUGCAAAUCUGGCCACAAAUUCCCUCAAGCUGAACAGCUCGAUAGGACCGCAAAUUUUACUUGACACGAAAAAAGUGCGCAACAAAAGAAAAGCCACACCCAAAAGGAAAACGCCCGGCAGCAAGAAGAAAGCGCGUAAAACGCCAACUUCGUCGGCGCGCAAACGACUCUGUCGCACCGAUCUCAUUAAGCCGGGACCCUCGAGGGAAACCUCAAAGCGCGCCCUUUUCCAAAGUCCAGCCAAGACCCUCCAGCAGCAACAAUUGAGGCCGCCCAAGCCUCUUUUCAAGCCGGAGAUCGCAGAUCGCGUGGAAAAAUCGAAGCGUGCCCUCUUCUCGCCCGACCACCAGGGCAGCAGCAGCAGCAAUCACCUAGAGACGCUGCUCAAGCGGAAGCGCAAUGCCUGCGAUGAUGAAGAUGCGGAGCUGGCUAGCCAGAGCAGAAAGCUAUUCCGGUCCGACAGCAGCGGCGCAAGUGGACUGACGCCGCGUGCCCUGAAGAUCAAGAGUCAGAGCUUUUGUAUUGGAGCUGGUUCCUCCACAGCAGCGCAUCAGCAGAGGAUGACGUCAACUGUGUCUAUGUCUGUCAGCAAUGCCCGCCUCGGUCUAGGACUAAGCGGCAGCAGCAGUAGCCUGGCCACCAGCUCGUCCAUCGGCACUCCUCUUCUGAGUAAACUGCCACGGGCGCACUCCGAUAUGAGUGCCACGCCCAACAGCAGCAUGACGGAUAACCAGCGCAAGAAAAUGCUCUGGGCCGUGUCGCAAGCUUUGCAGGAGAGAAAGAUCACGGCGAAACAUGAGAGUUUCCGCCAGCAUGCGUCUGACUUGACACGCAUUGUGAAGCGGAUCUUCCAAGAGUUCUACCUGGGACACACGACCAGCAACAGCGAGACACUGCUUCGGUUGGCCAAGAAGUUUGCCUACAGCGUGGUAGCAGGAAAGAAUACCGAUGACGUUUACAUGCAGGCCCGGAGUCAGGAGAGCGAGGCCAAGCGGCUGUCGAGCACACGACUCUCCGGCUACAUUGGACCCGAGGAGUUUGCCCAGCGCAAAAUAUUGCUGUCGCAAGCCAGCAGUUGUUCCUCGCAGCAGUCGACCUCGCUGCAGGUUUCGCAAUCCAUUCACAGCUUAUUCGGCAGCGAGAACUCGGUUGACGCGUUUGCCAUGAGCCAGACGAGUCAAGCCACCGCCUGCACAGACACCCAGUCCAGUCUGAUGGAUCGUAUUUCCGAGGAUCUGUUCUGCAAGGAGCAGCAGCAGCAGCCCAUCAGGUCCAAUCUGACAUUGCAGAAUAGCUCCUCUAAAAGCAAUCUGGGCGGCCUGGCGCUGCGCGAAAACGUGGACGGUGAGCUGCGGCGGUCAGCGCAGAAGAAUUUCACGGGCAAGGAUCAGCGAAACAUCAGUCCUUACUACGGAGGCGGCGGCAGUAAUGGCUCGGCACGGAAGUUCCAAGUACCCCCCAUCACCAGCCACAGCUCAGGGGUCAAGGCCAAGCGACAGAUUUCUUUUGACAGCUAAUGUAUCAUCAGUGCCCCCUGGAAGGCGACAUUUGUUUAAAGAUAAAUGGGUGAAUGUAACACUCUACUUGGCCAUCCAUCCACCCCUCCACGAUUUAUGGACAAUGCAAGCAGAAUAUUUACAAUGAUCUGUUUACAUUUUUUUUUUUUUGGUUGUUUUAGCUUAAUUUAUUUAAUUGCAAGUGCAGCAUAAAUGGUAGGAAGACAACCCCUUUGAAUUGAUUGUACAAUUGAUCAUAUACAGAUAUGGGUCUGGUCUUAUAGAUUGCAUCCCACUAUUCUCGCCCGGAACACGUAUCGUAUCAUGAUUGCAAAUUAGUUGCAAUUCAGCUAAGAUUAACGACACAAUUGGGAUUUAUUUUAUGCGACCCCCGCGCUCGAUCAAUGCAAUAUUUUCCACUGAAGUUUUAGGCUUAAAUACAUAAAGUAAACCCA